UCGUAUCAAGUCAAUCAGUUGGCGUCCAAACAUAAAAGCAGCCGAUCCAUUGGAGCAUAUUUAGAAGAUAGAAAUCUAAAUUCAAUACAUUAGUGAGCACGCUUCCAGCGAGUGAUAGUGUGCAAAUAUUAAAUAUAGUUUGUCUGUCACCACAAACACAUUCUUCGUUUUAAGUUUAUUUUGGCUGUGUAAAUAUAAUUCAUAUAAUUCCAUAAUGGAUCCAAUGCAGGUUGAAGUGAAAAAUAUUGGUGAACUGCUUAAAUUAGAUGGUUAUUUGAGUCCAUUUGAACGUGAAAUACGUCGCAGACAUGGCGUGCUUAAAGAGUGGAUUGGCAAAAUCGAUCAGCUUGAGGGCGGCAUGGAUACAUUCUCACAGGGUUACAAACACUAUGGCUUACACUUCCAACCUGACAAUUCCGUGAUUGCACGCGAAUGGGCGCCUGGCGCACAACAAGUUUAUCUCACCGGUGAUUUCAACAACUGGCAAUGGGAAGCGCAUCCUUAUAAGAAGCUCGAUUACGGCAAAUGGGAAUUGCAUUUGCCCGCCAAUGCCGAUGGCAGCGCGCCCAUCAAGCAUCUCAGUGAGGUGAAGGUGAUCAUACGCAAUCAGGCUGGCCAGCUAGUGGAUCGCCUGUCACCAUGGGCGACAUAUGUGCGUCAACCGCCCAAGGAGGCCAAUCAGGGUGUCAACUACAAGCAGUAUGUGUGGAAUCCACCACCAACUGAACGCUACCUCUGCCGGCAUCCACGUCCAAAGCGUCCAAAAUCGUUGCGCAUAUACGAAUGCCAUGUGGGUAUCGCCUCACAGGAGCCGCGUGUGGGUUCUUACCAGAAUUUCGCCGAUAACAUAAUACCGCGCAUCAAGCGACAGGGUUAUAAUGCCAUACAGGUUAUGGCUAUUAUGGAGCAUGCUUACUACGCUAGUUUUGGCUAUCAGGUGACCAGUUUCUUUGCCGCCUCCAGUCGUUAUGGCACACCCGAGGAGUUGAAACGCAUGAUUGAUGUGGCGCACGAACAUGGCUUGUAUGUGCUGUUGGAUGUGGUGCACUCGCAUGCGAGUAAGAAUGUACAGGAUGGUUUGAAUCAAUUCGAUGGCACCAAUUCGUGUUUCUUCCAUGAUGGUGCGCGCGGUGAACAUUCGCUGUGGGAUAGUCGGCUCUUCAAUUAUGUGGAGUAUGAAGUGUUGCGCUUUUUGCUUUCCAAUUUGCGUUGGUGGCACGAUGAGUACUACUUCGAUGGCUAUCGUUUUGAUGGCGUCACUUCCAUGUUGUAUCAUUCGCGCGGCAUUGGUGAGGGUUUCAGCGGUGAUUACAAUGAAUAUUUUGGACUCAAUGUUGAUACGGACGCAUUGAACUACUUGGGUUUGGCCAAUUACAUGUUGCACAAACAAAAUCCAGAGGUCAUCACCAUAGCAGAGGACGUCUCCGGCAUGCCCACUCUCUGCCGUCCCGUCGAUGAAGGCGGCAUUGGUUUUGAUUAUCGUCUUGCCAUGGCCAUACCCGAUAAAUGGAUUGAGCUGUUGAAAGAGCACACCGACGACACCUGGAAUAUUGGCAAUAUCGUGCACACACUGACCAAUCGUCGCUGGAAGGAGAACACUGUCGCUUAUGCCGAAUCACAUGAUCAAGCUUUGGUUGGCGAUAAAACCAUCGCUUUUUGGUUGAUGGAUAAAGAAAUGUACACACACAUGUCGACACUCUCCGAGCCGUCGUUGAUCAUCGAUCGCGGUUUGGCGCUACACAAAAUGAUACGUUUGAUCACACAUUCGCUGGGUGGUGAGGCGUAUCUCAAUUUUAUGGGCAAUGAAUUUGGGCAUCCCGAAUGGUUGGAUUUCCCACGUGUGGGCAAUAAUGAUUCCUAUCAUUAUGCGCGUCGUCAGUGGAAUUUAGUGGAUGACCCAUUGUUGAAGUACAAAUAUUUGAAUGAAUUCGAUCGUGCGAUGAACGAGCUGGAAGCGCGCUACGGCUGGCUACAUGCCGAUCCGGCAUAUGUGAGCUGGAAGCACGAAGGCGAUAAAAUAAUUGCCUUUGAACGCGCCGGUUUGGUGUUCGUAUUCAACUUCCAUCCGACACAAAGUUUUACGGGCUAUCGUGUUGGCACCAAUUGGGCGGGCACUUAUCAGGCGGUUUUGAGUUCGGAUGAUGAACUUUUUGGCGGACACAAUCGUAUCGAUAAGAGUUGCAAGCAUUUGACACGAGCUGAAGGUUAUGCAGGACGGCAGAAUUUCUUUGAGGUUUACACCCCUUCCCGCACAGCUGUGGUUUAUGCGCAUAUAAGUGACUAGACGCUAAUGGCAAAAAGGCUUUCCAUACGUUGAAGCGCUGUACUCAUAUUUAGUAGUUGUAAUAAAUUACAAAUUGUUUUAGAAAAAAAUGUACAAUAAGUGAAAAUGAACAAAAUUUUUCUAUUAAAAAUAGAGCUUAUCAAAAAAAAAA